AUGCUUACGCUAAAACCCACCUCGAUCCUACUAAGUCGAUUGACAACACGAGAAAGUUUGAGAACCUAUCAUAUACUAAAGCCUAACAAACUCAUACCGAGAAUCAACAUCGUCACUAAUUCUCAUUCUAAGAGCAUACUCAACUAUAUAAGACUCUAUUCCACAUCAUCGCUACCUAAUGAGUCUCAAAAGACGAAACUCAUCCGAGAUUCAUCAGUAAAAUCGCAUCUAGAUCUAGCCAAAUUGAAAAAAAAGGAAAUUAAACAAGAAGAGAAUAAGCAGUUUUCCAAAUUGGAUAAGAAAACCUUUCAUGAAAAUAUCAAAACCAUUGGUCGAAUAUUGAAAUUAGGUAAAUCCGAUUGGAAGUUAUUCUUGCUUGCAAUUACAUUUAUUCUAUGUGCUGUACUAUACCCAACAACAGCAGUAAAAUUAGUUGGUGCUCUACUAGACUCAUUUAAUUCAGGAAACAGGAAUGCUGAUGGAGAGUUAAUGGUGUGGGGAUAUACAGCUAAAACUAUAUUUGAAUUCAUGGUACCAUUUAUGUGUCUCAGUGCUGUUUGUUUUUGGGCCAGAAUUUGGGUAUUGAAAUUAUUGGGUGAACGACUUGUUGCUAGAUUGAGAGCCAAGGUAAUGAAGAGCUUGUUACGUCAUGAUGCGAAGUUCUAUGACAACGAUAAAAAUAAAGUAGGUGAUUUGAUUUCUCGAUUAUCAAGUGAUGCAUAUGUUGUUAGUAAGUCAAUCACAGGGAAUUUACCUGACGGGUUGAAGAACUUGUUGUUCGGGGUUAUCAGUUCUUAUAUGAUGUACUCAAUUAAUCCAAUGCUAUUUGGAGUCAUGUUGCUAAUUUCACCUCCAAUAACCAUUGGGUCAGUAUGGUAUGGAGAAAAGAUUAGGAAAUUGUCAACCAAGCUUCAAAAUGCAAGUGCGGGGCUUACAAAAGUCAGUGAAGAGACGUUAAAUGCAGUCAGAUUGGUCAAAGCAUUCACAGGGGAACAGAAGGAGUUAAACAAGUAUAGUGCGAGAAUAAGAAAUGUUGUCAAAGUUGCCAAACAAGAAGCGUUUGCCCAAUCAAAUUAUUCAGUCAGUAUUUAUACCCUUUAUCAUGCUGGUUAUCUCUCGUGUGUUGCGUUAGGUAUAUGGCUCAUGCAAAAGGGUCAAAUGACCGCGGGUGACGUGGUGGCGUUUACAAUGUAUCUGGAGUUUUUCAACCUGGCAUUGUACAGUUUAACAACGACAUAUCUUGAAUUGAUGAAAGGAGCUGGUGCAGGAGUUAAACUUUUCAGUUUAAUUGACUACAAGAGUGAUGUUGAUCCAAUUAAUGGAGAAAAGGCGGGCAACUUGCAGAAUGAGGUUGAGUUUAGAGAUGUCACUUUUAGCUACCCUACAAGACCCAACGACAAGGUAUUUGAUCAUUGUAGCUUUUCCAUUGCUAGUUCAACGAGCACUUGUAUUGUUGCUCCUUCGGGUGCGGGGAAGUCAACAGUUGCUGCAUUACUUUUAAGAUCUUACAAUAUCCAAGGUGGUGAGAUAUUGAUUGGUGGAGAAAAUAUUAAGGAUAUCCAAGUUCGUGAUUUGAGAAGAUACAUCAUUGGUAUUGUACAACAAGAGCCUAUUCUUUUAAGUGGUACAAUUUUGGAGAACAUUGUCUAUGGUCUUACCCCAAAACAGGUUCGCAAGCUUUCGAUGAGUGAUAUAGUUGAGGUAUGCAAGCAAGCCAAUUGCCAUGAUUUUAUAGAAAGCUUUCCCGAAAAAUAUGACACCAUAAUUGGCAGUCGAGGUGCUUCGCUAUCAGGAGGUCAAAAGCAAAGAAUUGCCAUUGCUCGUGCAUUGAUUAAACGUCCUAAGAUUUUGAUCCUUGAUGAAGCUACGUCAGCAUUAGAUUCAAAAUCUGAAUCACUCAUCAACGAGACCUUAAAGAACUUGACUUCACAAGGAAAGAUAACAAUCAUUUCCAUUGCCCAUCGAUUGUCAACCAUUUCAAAGUCCGAAUUUGUUGUUGUACUUGGUAAGAAUGGUAAAGUUGUUGAACAUGGUAGAUUUGUUGAACUUUUCAGUGAUCCAAACAGUGAAUUAUCCAAAUUAUUAGAUGAAUCGACAAACAAACAAGACGAGGAUAAGAUUGAUGAAGAAGAAGCUGAUGAAAUAGAACACGCAAAUUAUGAAGCAGAAAAGAUUGAACAAGGUCAACGUGAUUUUGGCAAGUUGGAACAUUUACGUCUCAUGAUUGAUUCUUUACCAGAAGAGCUUAAAGAUCAAUUGAUUGAGGAAAUCACCCUUGAUACGAAGAAGAAGAUCCAAAACAUGGAUACUGCCACCUUGGGUGAAGACUUGAGAAGAUAA